AUGGCUGACAAAAAGGGUCCGAAAGCCCAUGACUAUAUAGUGGAAACCACCGUCUUUAAAGAGCCAAUUUAUUUCCUCUUCCGUACAUUGGAGAGGGAACCGUUCUUUGUCUGGCCGAACCCUCCCAAGUUGAACACAGAAGAAGGUAAUAAUAAUAGUCGGAAGAGAUGCUCGUACCACAACGAGCUUGGGCAUUACACCACGGCUUGCGCUCCGUAUAAAGCGCUUUUGGAAAAUCUGGCGGCACAGGGACUUCUCGAUGACCAUAUUGACUGGACCAAAAUGCCGAGGAGACAGCCGAACGCCGGUGGACAAAAUCCUAUUCCCCGUCCGGUCGGAGUCAUCAAUCGGAUAAAGACGCUUGAGCGUCCCUGGUCAAACACUUUCACCGAGCAAAAUCUCCAACGAAUCCAAACACCCCAUAACGACGCUCUGGUGGUCACGGUGCAAAUCUCAACUCACUCCGUCAAAAGGGUGCUAGUAGAUCAGGGAAACUCGGUGGAAGCGAUGUACUUAUUCCUCUUCAAGGAGCUCAAAAUCUCAGAGUCAUGCCUUCUCCCAGCAGAAGUUCCCUUAAUUGGAUUCAGUGGAACGCCUGUUUGGCCGCUCGGUAGGAUCACCCUCCCCGUUGUCACAGGCUCGGUUGCUUCUAAUCUAGAAUUCGUCGUCGUGAACGCCCCAAAUCCGUACAACGCAAUCCUCGGCAGAAAUUGGCUCCAUUCGAUAAAAGCCAUCGCCUCAACCUACCACCAGGUGGUUAGAUACAUCGGCGCUAACGGCAGACAGUAA